AUGGUCAAGAUUGACUCUGUUUUAUUGGCCAUUUCGGCCCUUGCGGGUGCAUUGGCACACCCUACCAUCAAGCACCUCGACGACAUCAAGAAGAUCAACAAGCGCAUCUGCUCCAUCGAUGAAGGCAAACUAUUCGACCGCGGCCUGCAGUCCCGUGCUGACAUCCCCGCCGCAACCACCUGGGACCCUCCCUCCUCCAUGACCACCGGCCUCGACCAGGUCUGGGCGCGCACCCUCCAGGAAAACCCCAAUUGGUCUGACGACAAGAAUUGGAUCCUCGACCAGCUGGUCUCUAACAACGGCUCCAUCAACUAUUGCGUGCGUUGGAACACCGCAGCACACAAGAGCACUGCGUCUGACCGCACAAAAAUUGAGGCCGGACUCCAGCGCAACCUGAAGAAGUGGUUUGACACGCUCAUCGGCUUCGAGGGUUUCCCGCUCACCACGCUCGCCGUCAAGGUUGUCGGCUACGCGACCACGGACAAGUCCCUCAUCGAGGGUGAUGCCGGAGGCAUCAACAUCUACACCACCACCGAUACCGAUGGCGUCCCAGAGUGCGACCCCCUCUGCUACCGCGGUGCCCACCUCGACGGCGACCUUUCAGGCUGCCCCAACGGCGCUGAAGGUCGCUACGACAUCUCUCUCUGGCUGGACAAGUCCCUCGAAGGCCAGAACGCCGGCUACGGAUACAAUUGGGGCCAGGAACUCGCCCCUGACUACGUCCUCGACAACUUGGACGAGGAGAACAUUCAAAUCAUGCAACAUGAGAUGGGUCACGGCUUUGGACUACUCGAUUUCUACGACUGGGUUCCUGAGGGCCAGACUAGCUUUGUUAUGAUGGCUGGUAGCGCGCUGGAGAUCACCGAAUUCGAUGCCUGGAUGCUCCGCGACUGGUGGAGGAAGCUCAAGGCUGUACGCAACUGGUAG